GCCUCUUCACCCCCUAGUCCCGCCCUCUUCCCUCCACUGUGCGACACUACCACCUCCUCCUCUCUGCCUUCUUUCCCUCAAUCCUCCCACCUGUUCCUUUCUCCUCUCCCCUCCCUCCUCUGUCCGCCCCUCUCUACCUGUCCUCUACUUCUAGGCCAUUCGCCUUCCUACUUUUUCUUUCGGCUUUCCUCUGGCUUCUUUCCCUGCUCCCACCCCUCUUCCUGACCCUUCCCCUCUCUCUCCCCUUUGGACUCAGGUCCUCUCCCAUCCCAUUUCUCCUCCCGGGGCUCCACUACUCUGGAAGCCCUGCCCCUCAUUAUCCUAGUUCUCCUCCUCCCUCUUCUCCUUAAUCCCUCUUUCCCUUCCCUCCCCAUCCUGUCUUUCCGUGCUUCUCUCUUCUGUCUGCCCUUCUCCACUCCAUGCCUUCCCUGCCUCUCCUCAUCCUCCCCUUCCUGCCCAUGCUCCAAUCCAGGGACAGCACGCGCCUCCAUGGCCCCGACUACCUCCCCUAGUUCCUGUCUCUGCUCCUCCCCCCUGUUACCACAUCCUUCACUCUCCUCCCAUCCAAUUCCUCCUGUUGCCCUCCUCUCGGUCCCAGCAUCCAUUUCUCCUUCCCAUUUCCCUCUGUCCCCUUUCCCUCCGUCUUUCAUCCUCCUUUCUCCUCUGGCAAUUCAGGGCCCUCCUCUUCCUUGCCUCACCAAUCCUGGGCCUCGCCCCGCCACGCCCAUCCUUCCUUCCCUCCUCUCUAUGCUCACAAUCGCUUUUCCCUCUUCCUCUCUCCCUGCCCUCUCCCUCCCCACCUCUCCUUCCUAUCUAUCCUUCUCCCUUGGUUCCUCUGCAUGCCCCACCCCUCCCUAGCCUCGCUCUUUCUUCCUCCUUUCCUUCCGCCCAUCGGUUCCUCCCUCUUCGUCUCCUCCCCUCGCUCCUUUCAGGUCCUGGCUCUCUUUAGCCCCGCUCCUCCCAUCCUCCUCUCAGAUGCCCCGCCCCUGUGAAUACGCCCUCUCUGGCCCCGCCCCCGCGCCGCAGCGACAAGAUGGCGGCGGGCGGCAGCGGGCGCGCGUCUUGCCCGCCCGGAGUCGGGGCCGGCGCGGGCAGCCUGGGGCCCAGCGCCAACGCGGCCGCCGCCCCCAGCAACGCCGCUGCCUGCGUCCCGGUGCCGCCGCCGCCCCCGUCCCCGCCGCCCGGGCCCGGGACUGAUGCGCAGGCCGUGGGCGACGAGCGCGACGACGCGGGCCCAGGCGCGCUGCUGCGCGAGCCCGUGUACAACUGGCAGGCCACCAAGCCCACGGUGCAGGAGCGCUUCGCCUUCCUCUUCAACAACGAGGUGCUGUGCGACGUGCACUUCCUGGUGGGCAAGGGGCUCAGCUCGCAGCGCGUCCCCGCGCACAGGUUUGUGCUAGCUGUGGGAAGCGCUGUCUUUGAUGCCAUGUUCAAUGGUGGGAUGGCUACCACGUCCACUGAGAUUGAGCUGCCUGAUGUGGAGCCUGCUGCCUUCCUGGCACUGCUCAAGUUCCUGUACUCAGAUGAAGUGCAGAUCGGGCCAGAGACAGUGAUGACCACACUGUACACAGCCAAGAAGUAUGCGGUGCCUGCACUCGAGGCCCACUGUGUGGAGUUCCUGAAGAAGCACCUGCGGGCUGACAAUGCCUUCAUGUUGCUCACACAGGCGCGGCUCUUUGAUGAGCCCCAGCUGGCCAGCCUGUGCCUUGAGAGCAUAGACAAGAACACAGCGGAUGCCAUUGCCGCGGAGGGCUUCACUGACAUCGACCUGGACACACUGGUCGCAGUGCUAGAGCGGGAUACCCUGGGCAUCCGUGAGGUUCGGCUCUUCAAUGCAGUCGUGCGCUGGUCUGAGGCUGAGUGUCAACGGCAGCAGCUUCAGGUGACACCUGAGAAUAAGAGGAAGGUGCUGGGCAAAGCCCUGGGUCUCAUCCGGUUCCCCCUGAUGACCAUUGAGGAGUUUGCUGCAGCCAGCCCUCUGCCCGCAGGCCCGGCACAGUCCGGCAUCCUGGUGGACCGGGAGGUGGUCAGCCUCUUCCUACAUUUUACUGUCAACCCCAAGCCGCGUGUGGAGUUCAUUGACCGGCCCCGGUGCUGCCUGCGGGGCAAGGAGUGUAGCAUUAACCGGUUCCAGCAGGUAGAGAGCCGCUGGGGCUACAGCGGCACCAGUGACCGCAUCAGGUUCUCGGUCAACAAGCGUAUCUUUGUGGUGGGCUUUGGGCUCUAUGGAUCCAUUCAUGGUCCUACCGACUACCAAGUGAACAUCCAGAUCAUCCACACAGACAGCAACACAGUCCUUGGCCAGAACGACACAGGUUUCAGCUGCGAUGGUUCUGCCAGCACCUUCCGUGUUAUGUUCAAGGAGCCCGUGGAGGUCCUGCCCAAUGUGAACUACACCGCCUGUGCCACGCUGAAGGGCCCGGACUCUCACUAUGGCACCAAAGGUCUACGCAAGGUUACCCACGAGUCUCCCACCACGGGGGCUAAGACCUGCUUCACCUUCUGUUACGCGGCUGGGAACAACAAUGGCACAUCUGUGGAGGAUGGGCAGAUCCCUGAAGUCAUCUUCUACACCUAGGCUGUCCACCCAGGACACCCUGGCCAGCCACAGGCCUGCCUCCCUCCCUACCACCUCCCACAUCAUCAUGGAAGGGGCUGCCUGUGUCCACAGUGACAAGUGUGACCGCCUGUCCCAAGGCACUGGGGAGGUGGUUAGGCCAUGGGCUGGGCCCCGUGGAGAUAAUCCCUCAGUCUUGGGGGACAGAGUGGGCCUGGCCUUGGAUGGACAGCUGUCAGGCACGAGCGUGAUGAGUCGCAGUCCCUGAAGCUCAGUGCAGUAGGCCAGCUCCGAGCCCCGGUGCUGCCCUGCUCCUCCGUUCUCUUCAACUGCACACUGCAAUGCAUACAAGCCCACAUUCAGCUGGAGCCCACGCCGGGCCUCUCCUCCAGCCAAUGGUCUGGGUUUCAUGUUCCUUUCCUUUUCUGCUGCUCCCUGGGGGGUCCCAGGUCCUGACCUGCGUGCACUGCUGCCCCCUGAAGCCCUGGCCUGCUGGGCAUGUAACACAGAGCUCUACCCCAGGGUGGGUGACAUGUGGGCCAUGGUUCCUACUACCCAUAGCAGCGCAAGUGCCCGGUCAGCACUGUUCACCUAGGGCGGACAGGCUCCUCACUGGUGUGCUCAGCAGAGCUCAGCCUUGAGCCUGCAGGGCCUGAGCAGUAGGUCAGGCUCAUCAAGAUGCACUGAGCACCCAGCUGGCCUGAUGUGGCACCUGGGAGUAUCACAGAACACCCCUCUACAUACCACAGCCCUGGCCCUCUAGGCCACCAUGUACACCUUCCAGUGAUGUCCUAGAAGGCGCAGUCUCCAGUUUGGGGUUCCACUUCCUCAUAUUUCUGUACCAGUGACCUCCUGCCCAAAACCCAUACCUAUCCCAAAGCCAUGGGAGGUGUGCCCUCCACACUGUGUCCCCAGGUAAUUUUUUUUUUUAAAAUAAAGGAAAACAUCUGCCUUGAACCACUGAA